GACCGACGGAUCGACGAGCUGCAGAAGAAGAUGGAGGAGCUCGGCUCAGAUUGCCGCGAAGCUCGCCUUAGCACCACCGAGGUGGAAGGGGAGCUUGCCACGAAGCGGCGGCAGCUCCACGACAAGGAGCAGGAAUUGCUGGCUCUGCAGCGCAAGCACGACCAUCUUCGAUCCCAGACUGAGGACCGCAGCAAGCGCGCAGACAAGAAGGAGGAAGAGUACCGCGCCAUGAGCCUGGAGCUCCAGCGUGCGAAAGCUUGUGCCGAGACGGCCGAGUCGGUUCGAUGUGCCCUGGAGCGCGACGCGAAGCAGUCCGAGCAGAAACUUC